AUGAAUCACACUUCUUCCCGUCACCUCAGUGACUAUGCAAGGGUACACACAAAUGACUCUGAUGUUGUCAUUUUGAGUCUGUACGGAAUCUUUGCCUCCUACCACUGCUUAAACCGAGGCCGAACCUAUCGUCCACCACAUAGAGCCCUACCUGCACAUAUCGCUUCUGGGCUUGUUGAAGUCGCCCUAUACUACGGGGGCUGGCAAUGCUCUCUCGCGGCGGUCGCUGCCUGUUGGACACAUUCCUUUACCUCUCUAAUGCUGGUUCGUGAGCUCCCCCAACGGACAUGCUUGGCAUACACGAAUUCUGAGCCGCUGUGCCUCGCAAGUACCGAGGAAUGUACCAGUGAGGCGACCGAUAGUAGUACUGAUCAAUACACUGGGUACAAUCGGGAUACACCACUCACAAGAUGA